GCUGUUUCCAAUGAGUGAACCUUAGAGAUUGAAUUCAGAAAGUAUUGUGAUACGUAUGUCGCUCUAUCCAAUUAAAGUCAAUUAGUGGAGGAUUUAAAGUUUUUCUAGCAACUGUUUGAAACGAGUGAAUCUUCCAGACUGAACUCAAAAAGUAUUGUGAUAAGUAUAAUUAUCUAUCGGCUUAAAGUGACUUAGUGCAUGAUUAGGAGUUUUUCUAGUGGUUAUUUCAAACUAGUGAAUCGUAUGGAUUAAGUCCAAAAAGUACCGUGAUAAAUAAGUUCUAAAGACGAUGUCUCGACCCACGAGUCCUGUCCGCCAUGUCAGUGGCUAUGGCAGACGAUAUGCUCAUCGCCUUCCUUUGGAAGAAAACAACGACUACCUCAAUGAGGUUUUAGAACGAAUGAGAAGAGAUGCCAUGAGGCGUAGAAGGUACUACAAUAGGGUGGACGAAACCGAUCGAGCGAUUCCUCUACCUAUUGAAGUAUCCACGGUGGAGUUCUACUGCAAAGAUAAUGCAAAAGCACAUCACACAGAAGCCUAUGAUUUGGUGGAAGGCAAAGAGCCCGUUCCAGUGUUUCGUCGAGGAGAACCUUUCUACCUAGGUAUCCGUUUCAAUCGGCCUUUCAAUAUCAACACAGAUCAAGUCAGAAUCGAUCUCACUUUUGGUCCCAAGAAUCAGCUAAACAAAGGUACUUUGAUACUCCUGCCAGUAACUAGUCAGAAAAGCUUCACUCGUGACCCCUCCAAAUGGGAUAUCUGCCAAGCACGGUUAGAACGGGCCAUACUGACCGUACAGAUACAGAUACCAUAUGCAGCUGGUGUGGGCUUGUGGCGCAUGAAGAUUCAGUCAAAGGUUCCUGGAAGUAACAAAAUCAACGUCUUUGAAUGUAAAGACAAUAUUUACAUUCUGUUUAAUCCUUGGUGUAGAGAUGAUCCCGUCUUCAUGGCAGAUAGCAAAGAUAGGCAGGAAUAUGUACUAAGUGAUGUUGGUAAAAUUUUUGUCGGAACGCACAGUCAACCAGUUGGUCGUCCUUGGGUGUUUGGGCAAUUUGCCGAAGCUGUACUGCCAGCAAGUGUCUUUUUACUCGAAAAAUCAGGACUUGAUUAUUCUGCUAGAGGUAAUCCUGUGAAAAUAGUGCGAGCUAUAUCAGCAAUGGUGAAUAGUAACGACGACAGUGGAGUUGUAAUUGGGAACUGGUCGGGCAACUAUGAGGAUGGUACAGCGCCUUGGAGUUGGACAGGUAGCGCAGCCAUAUUAGAACAAUUUCUAACAAGCGGAGGAAAGUCCGUCAGAUAUGGACAGUGCUGGGUAUUCUCCGGUGUGUGUACUACUGUUUGCAGAGCUUUGGGAAUCCCUUGCCGAAGUACAACGAAUUUUGUGUCUGCCCAUGAUACUGAUGACAGUUUGACUGUGGAUAUUUAUCUUGACGCUGAUGGGAAUAAACAGGAAGAUCUCAUAAUGGAUUCUAUCUGGAACUUCCACGUUUGGAAUGAUUGUUGGAUGGCAAGGUCCGAUUUACCAUCUGGAUAUGGUGGAUGGCAAGCUAUUGAUGCAACACCGCAAGAAACAAGUGAAGGAGCAUUUCGGGCAGGUCCAGCGUCCCUGGUAGCUAUCAGAAGAGGCGAAAUCAGCCACUUGUAUGACGCGCCCUUUGUUUUUGCUGAGGUAAACGCAGACGUUGUCCAUUGGCAAGCUGAUGAAUCAGAACUGGGCUUCAAAAAACUGAAGACCAAUACGUAUCAUGUCGGUCGGCUCAUCGUGACCAAAAGAGUAGGAUUCGAUGAUGAUUUUGGAACACGUGAUAUGGAAGACAUUUCUCUUGACUAUAAAUCCAAAGAAGGAUCCUCCGAGGAACGGAUGGCAGUUUUGAACGCAGCCCGACGUACUGGUUUGACCCACAUUUACGACAUGCCACCACCGGGUAAAGAGGAUGUGCGAUUUCAUUUACGAGACAUCGACAGGGUCAUGAUUGGACAACCUUUCAGAGUCAUCGUGGAUGUGGAGAACAAGAGUGAUGAAGUACGAACAGUUACGUCUGUACUUUCAGCCAGUACUGUCCAUUACACAGGCAUCAUUGCCAGAAAAGUCAAAAGGUCUCGGGGUGUGUUUUCACUGAAACCCAGACAAAAAGAAGAACUGGGAAUUGAAGUAUCUGUGGAUGAUUAUUUAGACAAGCUUGUAGACUAUGCCAUGCUUAAAAUCUACGCCAUUUCCACCGUUAAAGAAACACAGCAGACUUGGGCUGAAGAAGACGAUUUCCAAGUAGAAAAGCCUCCACUGAAGAUAGAGAUUGAAGGAACACUGAAAGUGAAUAGAAGAGUCAACAUACGGGUCACGUUUACAAAUCCGCUGAAACGAAAGUUGGAAGAUUGUGCUGUAACAAUUGAAGGACCUGGCUUGAGUGAGCCUGACAAGACACUGCUGGAUGAUGUUGGUCCUGGAGAGGUGAUGAAACACAUCCAAACACUUGUACCUAGAAAAGCAGGUCCUAGAAAAAUCACGGCUCUGUUCACUUCGCGUCAACUCAUUGAAGUCCUGGGAUCCAAGCAAGUAGUGGUUUAUGAUUGAUCCUGAAAAAAAAAAAAAGAAUGAUUCUGGUCCUCAUACAUGUUGUAUUUGCUACUGCUACUUAAGAUGAUUUAAAUUUAAAAAAAAAAUCAGCUUAAGAGUGCCAAAUGAAACUUAAAUUAUAGGUAUUAUUUCAUAAUGAUAUAUUUUUUAUUGUUUAGU